GACCACAGACUCUGCCCACACUGCUGAGCCCACAGACGUCCUUUAGUGAUGGAGCUAAGCAGCUUCUCCCCGGGUUCUCGGACCACAUCCAUCCCUGUCCGACAACUCUACUGCUCCACCCUUGAUACGAACCAGUUUCACGGUAAUCGGGAUGGGCACUCCGCCGGUUCCUCCAAGGUCUUAUUGGCGUACAAAAACGCAUCUCAGCACCUGAGUUCUUCGGGAAUUAAAGCGAGCUUGGGGAUGCUGAAAGUGGCCACGUCUCAUUGGAAACAGGAGAAGAAGACGCGCUCAGAGGGUGCAGUAAGACAGUCGGCCACUACCAACAGCAUCCACCCCUGUAAGAGGUCCCCCCUGGAUCAGCUGGCAGCUCUGGUUCUCCAAGGUCAGUCCAGACACCGAGAGAUUGGCCUGGGACACCGUCAAGAUCCAGUUGACACAACAAAGCCACAGAACUGUAAGCGCUUGGUGGUGCUGGGUGCGCCACGGGUGGGCAAAACUUCCAUCCUGAGAAGAUACCUUAGGGAUGGAUUUGUGGAUGAGUACAAGCCCACCACUGAAGAUUUCCUCAGGAAACUGUUCCGUAUCCGAGGGGAGACGUAUCAGAUUGAUAUCCUGGAUGCGUCCAGAGAAAGGGACUUCCCAGCCAAGCGGCGGCUGUCCAUCCUCACUGGAGACAUUUUCCUCCUGGUAUUCAGCCUGGAUGACCGGAGCUCUUUUGAAGAGGUGUGCGCCCUGCGCUCGGAGAUCCUGACUGCUAAAUCCAAACUGGCCAAGUCCUCUGUGCCAGAGGAGUGCGCCCAGCCGCAGAUCCCCCUGGUGGUGUGCGCAAACAAAGUGGACCUCCUCGAGUCUGAGAGAGAAGUGUCUCAUGCAGAGGUGCUCCGAGCUCUGGGGGAUGACUGUGCGUACUUUGAAACAUCUGCCAAGGACAGCACUAAUCUGGAGACAGUCUUCGAAACUUUGGCCAGGCGAGGCGGGCUUCCGACUGAAACCGGUCCGUCUCAGCACCGCAAAGUCUCCCUCCGUUCGUACCAGGCGAUGCGGUCUGGACGUGUGCUGGGAAAGGAGCCCCAGAGGUUGGGCCGAGAUGACCCCUGCGGAGCCCUGUACCCACUGGCCCGUCGGCCGAGCUUCAGCACAGAUCUGAGACAGGUCAUCGGGCCACAUUCCACCCCAAAAUCCAGCAAAGCUCUAGAAAAAUGUCAAAUUCAGUGAGAGGCAAACGAGAAACACAGUGAUUCAAGGUUUUACAGAGGAAAUUCAACAAUGCGUAUUUUACUGAUGCAAUCAUGUUGUGAAAUUAUACGCAUGCUGAUUUGUUUUUCAAAUAAAAGCUUUUUUUUUUCCAUUGCUCGUGGUUUUCUCCUUGUUACAGUCAGUAUGUGACAAAUCCAAAGGUGUUUUGAC